UGAUUACGUACAUAAUAUUAAUUAUCAAACAAUUAUAUGAUAAUUUUUAAUAAUUCAUUAUUCAACAUUUCAACUAAUAGUUAAUUUAUUUGUUAAUUGAGUUUUUUUAAUCAUGAAUUCGUUACCUGAAGGGUCUUUUAAACGUAAAAAAAAGCGAAUGUCAACUUACCAACGUGCUGUUAAGUUCUCUAAGCGAGGAAAGUUUGGACACGGUUUCCAAAUCCAAGAUGAAGAUUUCCAGUAUUUCUUAAAUAUUUUAAAAGUAUCUAAGGAAACAUUCGAAAACAAUGAAGAUAAACGUAAUUUUACUAUUAAAAUAUUGCUGCUGGGAAUCAAAUUAAAUUUUAAAAAAUUUCAGAAUCUUUUGUCGACAAUGUAUUCAAACAGUUAAGUGGUAAUGAAGUGAACUAUUGUAGUAACCAAGUAGUUUCACGUGUUGUAGAUGAUUUACUGCCCGAAGCCAGUGACCAAACUGUAAUGAAUUUGAUUGAACACUUUGAAAAAGAUUUAAGAUCUAUUUGCUCUGAUCAAUUUGCUAGCCAUGUACUCCAACAGUUAUUACAUGUUGCAACUUAUAGAGCAUUUAAUGUAAUUUCAAAUUUUAUUAAUAAAUCAAAUUAUUUUGAAUAAAAUAAUCUAACUAAUAAAUAUUUAACAUUCAUUAAUCAUAGAUCACAAUGCAAGAUGUUUCUGAAUCCAUAAAAGAAAAUUACAAAAAGUUUGUUAAUAAACUAUGCAAGUAUAUAUUAAACAACUUGGAUGAAUUUAUAUGGGAUACAUAUGCUAAUCAUAUUAUACGUAGCUGUAUGGCAUGUUUAUGUGGUGAACCAUAUUUAUGUUCCAAGACAUUUCAAGACAAAGGAAAAAAGGUUGAUACAACCAAAGAACAUAAAGAUUUAUUAAAGAAAUAUGCUGACAAUAUAAUUAAUAUUCAACAAUUUUCAGGUAAAUAGUUUGGGCAAUUUAGUUAAUUACAUACUUAUAUGACUUAUAUAACUUUAUGACUGUGCAUUUAUUUUCCAAUUAUUAUUGUUUAGAAAUGCAUACAACUGAUAUCACUUCAGGACUUUUACAAGUAUUAUUGAAAUGCAUUUCAUCCGUAUCUAAAAAGAGGUUUAAGGCUCUUGUAAAUAAAUUAAUGGGUGAAUGUUUUCCGGAAAAUGCAAGUAAUUCUUUUGAACAUUUUUCAAAAACCCUUGAAAAUGGCUCAUUUUCCCGGUACAAAUAAAUUUAUUUUCAUCAUAGUAUUUUGUUAAAUAUCAAGUAAUUCAAGUAUUAAUAAUGAAUUUUAAUUUUAGGUUACUUGAUGUUAUCAUUACUGAAUCACCAAACAAAUUGAAUAAAUCAUUAUAUGAAAAAUAUUUUAGUGAUAAACUUCCAGAUUUAGUUGUGCACCGAAAUGGUAAUUUUACUAUUCAAAAAAUAUUAUCAACAACGACAGAUGUUACCCAAGUAUUAAUAUUGUUUAACAUAAACUUUAAACAUAUUAUAUUUAUAAUGAUAAAUAAUAUUUUAAUUUGGUUAGUUUGAAACAAUGUUUGAUCAAUUAAAGGAAAAAGUACCCACAAUAAUAAGCUUAGGUUAUACUGGAGUGUUAUUAGAGUUGUCUAAUGCUUGUUUACGACUGAAGAGUAAACAAGCUUUAUUUUUAAAAGUAAAUUUUAAUUAUUUGUAUUGAAUCAAAUUCACAAUAAUCGUUUAAUUCUGAAUACUUAUUUAUAUAUAUAUAUAUAUAUAUUUUUUUAAUAGACUUUAUGUGAAUCAUUAAAAUGUAAAGAAGAAACUGAAGAUGGUAUUACAGUUUUAUUACUUAUUGGAUUAAAAGUAAUUGAAAAUUACGAUAGUUCUUGUAAAGAACCACCAAUUCAUAUUCAUGGUUCUAUGAUAGUCCAAACUCUUUUGAAAUUCAAUAAGCCAAUUAAAGUAAUAUAAUAUUUUGUAGAUACAAAUAAUAAUAAUAAUAAUUGCACAUACGAGGAGAGUUUAAAUAUAUUUUUUAUUGUAGGUCGUGAAUAAUUUAAUUAAUUUAGAAACUGAGCGUCUUGUAUAUAUAUUUUGUGACGUAAAAGGCAGUUACGUAGCUAAUGCAUAUUUUGAAAGUACAUUUAUUGGAGAACGAAGUCGAGAAAAAAUGAUAUGGAAAUUAAAAGUAAUAAAAUAAUUUUAAUAUUUAUAAGUAUUUUUAAAAAAACUUAAUAUGUUUUUAGGAUCAUUAUUCAACACUAGCAAAAUCAAAAAGUGGUUCUCGUGCUUUUGAUUGCAUAUGGAAAGUAGCAGAUUCAAAACAGCGUUUUAUGAUUAUGACAGAGUUUAUGAAACGCGAAUCUGAACUUACCAGUACACAAUUUGGUUCUAUAAUUGCAUCUAAACUAAAUUUAGGCCUGUUUAGGCAUAAGAAAGACGAAUGGAUUAAAGAAGAUCAAGAUAAAUUGAAGACACUGAAAGUUUUUGAAAUUAAUAAAUAUUGUUAAAAUUAUUGUGCAAUUAAUAAUUAUUUAAAUUUAUUAAGGUAUCAAAAAAUAUACAAUGAUUUUUUUCUUAAACGUAAAUAUUCCAGUUACUGCCAUCUUCUGGUAAAAGUUGAUUAGUAACUAAUAGUAUGACAUCUACUAUCCACCAGAUCCCACCACCUCCAAGUGUCAAUAAUUUCCCAACAGCUGUUCCAGUUUGCCCUAAACAAAAUCUGUCCAUUCCGAGGAAUCCAAGUAAAAUAGAAUACAGUAGAGUUGUAAGGAAAUAAUAGCCACCAUACCUGUAAUUAAUAUAAUAUUAUUAUUACAUUUUUUCUUGUAAAAUAAAAGACAAUAUCAGUAUAGAAUAAUUGAAUAAUUCAUAUACAUACUUUACACACGGAAAUCCAUCCCUAGUAAAGUGUCUUGAACCGUAACAUUCUAUAUCAGGUAAAACAUGACACUGAACCUUUGCUUUUUCUACAUCUUCAUAUCUAUAGCUACCACCAUACUAAAAUAUCAGAUUAAUAUAUGCAAAACAUUAUUUUAAAAUAUCAUUACAAUAACUUAACUUACCUUAUAGCAACCACUGGUCACAGUUUCAUCUCUGGUUUUAUUUCCAUUUAUAUUGACCGGUUCUUCACAUUCAAUGAAUUCCAUUGGUCUAA